AUCAAAAGGUCAGUUCAUCCAUAUACAACGAAAGAUAACAAAAUUACCAUUAACGUGGAAAUCAAUAUGACCCGAUUCCUAACCGCAUUAACACUUGCCAUAUUUUGCCUCGAAUUUGCAAGUUGUGAAUUGACUCUCGAAAAUGUGUACGCUGAAGUGUUAAGUCUACGCACUGUGGUGAAAAGUAUGGAAGAGAAACUGCUAGUCCAAGAGGUGCAAAUGGGGGAACUAAACAAAAUAAUUAGUGAACAGCGGGAUCUUCUGGACCAAGCAAGGGCAGAAAAUAGGGAAAGUUCUUGGGAGGUACCCCAUACCGAAGAGGGGACGAAGACGAAAGAAUUUUUAAGAGGUCAACAAGAGGGAGUAUCUGUUUCUGACGUCAUUUCAAAUAAUACGUCAUCAUACUUCACACACCAUCCUCAAGAUAAGGAACCAAUAAACGGAGGGCACAGAUUCCACAGAGGAAUCGAUGGCUUUCUGCGGCAAGAUCGGCUGUUGGAUGUCUCCACGCCGCCGCCUCCAAGCAAAAACACGUCAUCUGUCGUGGCUUUCUAUGCUUAUUUAUCCACAACACUUGGCCAGACAGGUCUGGGACCUGAUCACACCAUCAAAUUCGAUGUCGUAAAAACCAACCAAGGGAAUGGCUACCACUCGGGAUCUGGAGUUUUCAUUGCCCCUCAGACCGGUUUUUACGUUUUCACAUGGACAAUUAGAGUGGGCUCUUACGAUCACUCGUCCCCUAAUUUUCAUUCCACUGAAAUCGUCAUCAACAAUAAUGUUUACGGUAGUUCCUACGCGCUCGCCAUUUCUGACAGCAGCAGGGAUGAUAGCGGAACCGGAACUGUAGUUGCGCAUGUCAAUCAGGGUGAUGACGUCUACAUCAAGACUCAUUCUUCCCACCACGGAGGUGGUGGCAUUCUGAGAGAAGGAGUUGGCAGAUCUUCAUUUUCAGGAUGGAAACUAAAUUAAAUUAAUGCAUUGAUUUACAGGUUCAAUAAACAGGUCGAGACCACUAUAUUUUGUGACGUCGGCAUAAAUUUGCAUACUAAAUUA